CCCGCCCCCAGAGGCAAAUCAUAUGCGAAGAAGAAAACACGUAAAUGUUGCCCACCCAUACACCGAUGCACUGACACACGGAUGGUACACACACACGGGUGAACAUCAUAUGUUGAUAAGUUGGAGACAACAACAACAACGGCGGCGAAAACAAAAACAACACUGCUUGUGAAUCAUUUGUAGGGAUUUGUCUGUUUGCUCGAGAGUGAUAUGUCCCAGGCCUUGAACAACCCAGGGGGAGGAGGAGGAGGCGGUGGCCCCCAUCGGGACUAUGGAGCCAUGGCGGAUUCCACGCCCGAAGUGAGUUUUGCAGCCGCCGGCGGAUCCUCGGGCUUCAGCCCCACAGAGUUCAUGUCCCUCAGCGAGGACAUCGGGCACAACAUCACUGCGAUCCACAGCAGCACCAAGCAGCUGGAGAAGCAGCUGAAGCUCAUCGGGACACCAAAGGACUUGCCCAACCUGCGGGAGAAGGUGCACGCCAUCAACACCAAGUGCAAUGCCCGGGUGCAGACCACCAGCCAGGACUUGCAGCGGCUGCAGGCGGUCGUGCGCCACGGAGACCGCCAGCAGAAGCUGCAGCUGGAGAAGCUCACGCGUGAGUUUCACGGCGUUGUCGAGAAGUAUUCCAACCUGCAGCGCCGCAUCUCGUCGGCCAUGCGACAGACCCUGCAGCAGGCCCAGCACUUCGCCGACCAGGAUGUGGAGGCCAACGCCCGUUCGGAGCUGCUGCAGCAACAGCGCCUGGAGCAGGCCAAUCUGCAGCAGGAGCACGACAUGCUCGACGAGCGCCGGCGACAGGUCGAGCAAAUUGAGUCGGACAUCAUCGAUGUCAACCAGAUCAUGACCAAGCUGAGUGGCCUGGUGCACGAUCAGGGCCAGCAGAUGGACUUCAUCGAGAACAGUAUUGAGCAGACGGCCGCCAACGUGGAGGAUGGCACCUCGCAGCUGGCCAAGGCGGCCAGGAGUCGCCAGAGCUACAGGCGCAAGAUCUUGAUACUCCUGGUGAUCGCUGUGAUAAUAGGUUUAAUCGUAACUGGCGUUAUCGUUGCCAAACUGAACAGUUAAUUGUUUUAUUUGUACACCCACAUUCAAACACACGCAAACAUACACACACACACACACAUGCAUAGGUUUUUGUAAAACGAUUUUUAUAAGAAACAAAAUAUUCGAUCGUUGAGAACUCUGUUUAAUCACCAAGUGAGCAAAGACAACAAAAAUGUAGAGGAAAAGCUAAACAAAAAAAUAAACAAAUACCAUAUUUAUAAAUAUA